AACAAAACAAGCAGGAACUGCGGCUGGUGAGUUUGGAAAUAACAGUAGCUAACGUGGAUAAGGCAGGCGGGCGGGCGGGCGGCAGCGCGAUGGACGAGUUGGUGCACGACCUGGCGUCGGCGCUGGAGCAGACCUCGGAGCAGAACAAGCUGGAGGAGCUGUGGGAGGAGAUGGUGCUGAGCCCGCUGCAGCAGCGGCGGCAGAUCCGCCGGCGGAGGGGGCGCAAGCGGCGCUGUGACUCCUCCCUGCACCCGCUGGAGCACGGCCGCUGCCUGAGCGAGGCCUCCGAGUCCAGCCUGGACGAGGCGGCCAAGGACUGCCGCGAGAACGCCGCAGCCGCCGCCAACUUCAGCGACUCGGACGACAUGAUGGUGGCCAAGCGCCAGCCCUCCUUCGCCUCCGGCGCCGCCUCCCUCAAGACCAAGCAGCACUCCUGGCCCGAGUCGGACUCCUUUACCGAGAACACGCCGGGCCGCCCCCUCCGCAGGAGGCGCAAGGUCAAGCGCAUGACCUCGGACGUGAUGGUCAGCCUGCAGCAGAAGCUCAAGGUGUCCGAGCUGGACGGCGAGCGGGUGGGCAAGUCGGCCAAGAAACAGCGGCUGUCCAAGCUGAAGAAGGGGGCCGGGCCCUGGGCCGGCGACGUGGGAGGUGGUGGGGCGGGGAUCAUGUCGGAGGAGUGCUGGAAGGACAAGAUCAUGUUCGAAGCCAAGGACCAAAGGGAGGCCUCUGAUGAGAACAUGUCCGAAUGUGAAACCAGCAGUGUAUGUAGCAGUGAUCCUGGGCUUUUCACAAAUGACGAGGGGAGACAAGGCGACGAUGAGCAGAGCGACUGGUUCUUCGAGGGGGAGUGCGGCCCAGGCAUGGGGGUCCCCAGUCUGCUCUCGGGGUGGGACGCUGACGCUCAGCCCGAGCUGGAGGUGCUGGAGUCGGGCCUGGACAAGCUCUCCUCCCCCACCUUCCUGCAGCCGGCCCGGCCCUCGCAGAGAGGGUACCAUGCCCGUCUGAACCGCCUGCCCGGAGUGGCUGCCCGCUGCAUCAGGAAGGGCAGGAGGAGGCUACCUGGCAAGGACAGUAGCAUGGCAGCCAUGUCUGUGGAGAGGAUGAAGCAUUUCUCCCAGGACCCCUACCAGAAAGAUUUUUGGCUGCCUUCAAUUGGGAAGCGAGACUGGAAUCAGUUUAACCCCCUGGCUCCGCUCUACCCGAUGGACAUGGUGUGCGACAGCUCCCACAGAAGGUGCUCCUCCUCAAUCUGCAAAAACAGACAGACGAGCGUUCAUCUGGGAUUGCUGUGCACAGGUGACAUUAAGAGAAGAAGGAAGACCACGGCCGUUCCCAGCACAGCAGGAGCCUGCAUCCCCUUCCAGGAGGACAGUCUGAGCGAGACGGCGGAAGGUUCCAGAACCGAGAGCAGGUCCAUGGAGUCCACCGGAGGAGGCCCCUUGGCUUCAGAGAAGCAGGACUUCAUCAAACCCGGAACAUUCUUCAGCAUGCAGAGGGAGCAAGAGGAGGACUGAGGGGGAGGCAAUGCCCCAAGGCUCCCUCCCUAAACUGGGGAGGUGCUAAGCUGGGUGGGUUCGGGAGAGAGAGAGAGAGAGAGAGAGAGAGAGAGAUCAAAAUUACAUCUGAUAACGGCGAGUUGUUAAACUGAUUUUAAGUGAAAAAAAGGAGCAUUCGUAGGCACUCAAAUUGCUGCUCUUCUGUGCCGUGCUGAAAGGAGCCCUCAGAUGCGGCACUUAGAGGAUGAAAAAAAAAAAAAAUGUUAAUGCAAUCAAGCCUGUUAAUCACUUCUCUCUCAGUCAUUUCCACGAGCGGCGAGGAGGUUUCCAGGGCCGCUAACGAAGUAACCCCCGACUCGGCCGAGCGACACAGGACUCGCCGAGGCUCCGUGCUGGUCUUCAAGCCCCCCCCUCCCCCCGCCCCCUCUGCCCACCCAAACAAUUAUGCCCCAUUUGAGUUGUUAUGCAUUUGCCUGCAGGGACGCUAAAAUGAUGGUGGGGGUGGUACUUUAAAGCCCCCCGCGUCAAACCAACAGGUACCGCAGCGCAGUAACAGAUAGAUACGAGGGCAUCAGAAAGCCCCCGUACCUCCUGCUGGUUGGGUUCAGAGACGCACCUUCCGAAAGUGAGGCCUACAAAGAACAGGCCUUCUAUUAGCAUGGAUUUGAAAAUCUACACACACCACAAAGGCCCUCAUUUGCACAACAGAGGGAGUCUGUGUUUUGGUCCCUGCGGGGGUAGUCCUUUCUCCUGCGCGCACCUUCUAUAUUCAAAUUUCCCCACAUUAAAGUUGGCAACAGCCGAGCCUCAAAAAUGAAUUUCCGACAUUAAAGUGGUGAGUAAUGUUUGUUGAUGUGUGUGGGGUUUAGUGGAGAAAUGCUUCUCCUCUCCUACCAGCCUCAUUUGUACUUUGUCUUGGCGCAUGUUACAUAAAUGACGGGAGAGCUGCUGAAUUUAGCAUGUGAUGUAUUCUUUCAUUGUCUGUGCCUAUUCGAGGGAAAGUACGUCCUUCUAUACCAACAUCGUAGCGUAAGUUGUGCAUUUGGAGACAUGUCGAAGCAAGUCAUAGUAACGUGAAACUGAAGCACUGCAGUAUUUGUGACAAAUCAGUAUUUUUUUUCGACUGAUGAGCCGGUCACUUACGUCGUUAUUUUUUUAAUGCCAUCUGGCCAAAAGUUCACUCACGGCCUUAAACUAUGGAGAUGUACCCGUGGCGAGUAUCUGAGUGCAGCAGACCACGUUUGAGAGCGGUCGAGGAGGCUUGGGAGAGGUGCGGGAGCUGCCGGCCGCCCGUCGGCGGGGCGAUGAAAGCGGAGGUAAUUAAAAGGGAUCCCUGGCCGUUUGAUGAGGCGCGGGGAACAGCGGUUCCGGCUGUGAGGCCGUGUGGUGCCUCCCUGCAGUGCCGGACUGCCCAGCGCUGGAGAACACAGAGCAGCACUCGUCCCCCUGGUUCGGGCCAGCAUGCUAACACUCCCGCAGAUGAAGGCUAACGGGAUGCGUUACACGGAAGGAUUAGAUCACGGGACUUGACUGUUGGCGAGCCGCGAGUCAGGGCAUCCCCCCCCCCCCCCCCCAGAAAACCCCCACAGCAGCGGGGUCUUGAAUAUGUGCCAACUGGAAAACCAAGCAUCUUCUCCGCUUGCUUGGAAAAAGACAGGUCUUAAUAAAGUGAAUGGAAACAGGCAUUGCUCAUGUGGCUCAUACGUUGGUGGACUAAUGGUGGUGUCCAGUUUGGUUCAGAGAUCCCAUCCAGCCAUUCUUAAGAUAUAACUUGUUAUUUAGCUGAAGCUUUUAUCCAAAGCGACUUACAGUUGAUUAGAUUAAGCAGUGGACAAUUGCUCAAGGGGCUUGAACCACCAAUCUCCUGGGUCCCAGUCAUGUACCUUAGCCUCUAGGCUACAGGCUGCCCCCCCAGAUGACAAGGGACAAGUCCAUGUCGUAAACUCUGAGGAGGAGGGGGGGGGGGGUCGGAUGUCCCCCACACUAGUAAUUAGCAGCCCCUAUGUUGAUUACCCCUGGCUCCACCCCUUUCCCCCCCACCCUCUGAAUAUUGUCCACAAUGGAUUUCCAAUGGCCAGGAACUUGGAGAUGGUCACGUGGACUGAGUCAAUUACCCUGUUACAGUUAAGAAAUCCACCGGGCUGAUACUGCUCAUAUUUCAUCCCCGGUAAGGAUUACCUGUCAGGCCCAGAGGAGAUGUAUUGAUCUGUUUUCCUUUUUCCGGCAGCAAUCGCCUGACAAAGGCACCUAGGACGGGGGUGAAUGAGUGAUGCCCACCCCGGCUCCCCAUCGCAGGGGGCUUCCACUGACCCACUGACAGGGGAGAUAAUGUAGUCAUAAACUCUGCAUGAACUUGAGGGGAGUCGGCCCUCGCGCCCAAUCCGACCCCGCCGACCACCGGCGCUCCUUCCCGAGUCGAGCUGACCCAGCUCCCGGUGGCCGUGUCAUCGAUUAUUUAUUCGUGUUAAUUGCGCCAUUUUGAGCGGAUAACAAGGCGAGGUCGAGAGACGCCUAUGCAAACACGUGGAGAGUUCAGCUUUUCAUUCACGGCUCAGCGCCACGCGACCACCCCCCCCCCCCCCCGGUGCUCGGUCUACAGUUCUUUAAUCAAUUCGUAAACGGAGUCAAUGUACGAUAUUGAAAUUCAUAGCAUUUCUCAUACCGUUUUUGUUGCGAAUGGGGGGUGGAAUAUUCACAGGGCAAGGCUAAGAUUAAGUAUGACAUCAUUACUAUAGAAGAUAAUUAUAGUCAACGUGCCCAUGCCAGUUAGUUUCAGUCCCUAAUGACACAUGCAGUUUUAUAUUUCGAAAUGUAUAUUUAUUGCAGUGUUUCUUGUUGUGAAGUACAUUUAUAUCACCAACGUCAGUGAAUCAAUAACAUGUAUCAAUCUUAAAAGACACCAUAAUGUAGGAAUUAGGAAAUCAUUCUUUGAAUCAGUUUCUUCUUUUAUGUGUAUGAAACAAGAAGUCGUAUAAAGUAUUACAAAAUAUAUGUUAAAGUAAUUGCUCUUUUUUAAAGACUUUCAGAACAGAAUUCCCUGUAAAUCUUAACAUGAAGGUGCUAACGUAUUAUAGUGUAAAUUCAUUACUCCUUCAGAAAUUUUACGGCAGCUGAGAUUCUUUUGGGGAGGUUUUUUUUUGCCUUGUUCUACGGGGUCGGGGAAGCAAAUAGACCUAUUAAAAUAGUAAUAUCCCAGAUCUGCCUAUGUUGCAUGUAAUGUGGAUACAGCAUAUUUCCGCUAAGAGAUUGAAUCCAUCCAAUAUUUAACAUAAACUAGCCGUGUCAUCGUUAUUACUUUUAGUAAGAAACUACCAGAACUCUAUCAGUUCCUGUACAUGGUCUACUGUGUCAGGGGUUACGAACACUAUCACUCGCUGACAUUUUCCAGUUGAUGUCAAGGUUCUUAGGCAGCUUUUUCAUACGAGCGAGAAAUUAGCACAAUCUUGUUAUAACUGUAUGUUAAUCCUAGCUGUGGACGCAUGCAUAACUACUACGUCAUUCCAAGUGAUCCAAUGAGGAAUGUUCCCCGCAUUGAGAGCCUGCUCUGUUUAUUAUUCAGUGUUAAAUAUGUAGUAUGAUAUACGUGUAGGUAUUACACAUAUAUUUCGGUUUUAUCCCCUUUCUUUAAAAUAGGUACAUCAUCUUGAAUGUGAAAUAAUCACAAGGUAAAAAAGAAAGCAUGAUUAUACCAUCGUGACUUCAUGAUUUCUUCAGCGGCAGUAGAUUAGUAGCCAAAUAAGGAAUGGAAUUAGUCUGAAUUUUGAGUUGAGUAAUAUCAGAAGUACUUAGUAUGGCUUUCUGUGGUUCCUGGAUGUAGAUAACAUGCAACUGCAACAAUUAUUUGUCAUACUGUGAAAUACAUGUUAAUAUCAAAAGGACUGCAUGUUCUCUUGGACAAAUUACAGACCUUAUGUGACUUUCUUAAAACCUCCUCUCACACAGCUUCAUGCAAGAACUGUAGAGCAUUCGUUUGAAGUAUGAGAUAUGUAGAUAUGUUAGGGACGUUAACGAUUAUUUGCUCAUAUGUUUAUUUUGUGAUUCUAUGAACAGUAUAGUUUUUACCCGCCUACUAUGUUUUUCAUUACUGUUUACUUAGGUAAACUUUCCCCUGUCUCUUCACAAGGAAGGCACUGUAUGACCAAAGACUAAAAGGGAAUGCAUUCAUGUUUGAUGCUUAAAUCCAAUUGGCUAUUACGGUUUUCAUUUACUGUUAAUCAUUUCCAAGUAUGUAUAUAGAUUAUUUUUUGUUGGACAUUGGAUUUUAGUGUAUACUUUGGCAGCUAACUAUGCAGUUGCAGAAACAGACUAACAUUUUUCUUUGUUUAUUGGAAAAUAUUAUGCACCAAAUGGACAUCCAGUAGCACAGUGACUGGCCUGAUUAUGUUAUAUUAUUUGGAAUGGGCAUCCAUCUUUUACAGAGGAAUUCUUUUUAGCAGAAAAAUCCAAACUCUAGUGCAGUAAGUUUUUAGAACAACAGCAGCCACCAUUGAAAUACAUCAGGCUUUGAUUUCCAAAAUAAAAAUAUAUUAAUAUUUCAAUUAAUAACAUUCUUUUAAGUGUCCAAAAUAUUCCUAAGCACAAUACAUUCUCUUUUAAGUGGACAGUUUAAUUUUUACCAAUGGAAGCAAACAUGAUCUGACAGUGCCAGGCUCAAGAACACAGCAGCUAACUAAUCUUGCAAAAUUGAAUUACAUUUUGAGGCCAGCUCCUUAGAAGCUGUAUAAUCUCAGUUAAACAUUAACAUUUAUAUGGAGUUUGUUUUUUUCUUGCUAGACCGGAGAAUACCAGCUACAGCUCUCAUUUCAGGUAUUUCGAGUUAUAUUAUUGUUGAUUUUGAUAAACUUGUGAAUAGUAAUUACUGCCCUCAAAAAUAUAUUAAUUAGUCCAACUAAUCAUUUGAUUUGUAGAAUGAUAAAAAAGCAAGCUAAUCUCCUCCUAGAGUUUGCAUAUAUUUGACUCAAGUCCAGAUGCUAAUUUACUCCAUCCAUUACUACAAGUGAAUGGAUUUGUGGUUGCUAACUUACUACCUAUUCGUCUUGUACCAGUGCUCAUAAUUCUGAGCAUAUAGACAUGCUUCUGAGCUUAAAAUAUAACAACAUCUCUGUCAACUGCAAGUCAGUGGAUUGCAUGUAUAGCUAGCUGAAGAUGGCCACUUCGUAAUCUUAGGGAGAACAAUAUGAAUAAAUACUAUCCUAUCAGAUAAUAGUGGAAUGGUUAACUGAUCUUCUCUAUCUUUUGUGCUCAAUAACCAUUCAGUCUUUCAUUUGGUUAAUUCUGGCUUGCACUUGUCUUUGUUACAAACUUGCAGAUUAGCUUUGCAAUUAUCUGGUCGUCUUGCACCCGAGCAGCAAGGUUUAAGUUGGGGACCGGCUACUUUUCAGGAAGGGUGUCUGGUUUGGAAUACUGUGGAGAUUUUCCUGCUUGGCUUGCCCUCGCAAUCUAACCUCUCAAACUUUAUGGAGUCCUUGGUUUUAAUGACAGGCGUAUAGUAUUCUAACAGUUGUGAAUUUUGACCAGAUCCACCAGGUCUGCAAAAUUGGAAAUAUUAAUGCUAAUGAUAACAUUUUGGACAUGAUUAAAAGGCUCUAGUUCUAUACCACCAUACUUGUAGUCCAACUGUAUUUAUUCUAUUUUAUUUUGUCAUUGAAUUAUAAAACUGCAAGUGUUCAGGAGGACCCAAUUAUGUUUGUGUUGUUUACUUCUUAGGUUAAUUGUUUUCUAUGUGUAUUUUACUGGUAUACUGUAUGUUAUGACUUACCAUUAACUGGAAAAGAUUGACAAUAUGUAUGAUUCCAAUAAAAAACAAAAAAAAACAACAAAAGCAA